AUGAGCUACGAUUUUGGGGGCUACGACAAGCCCACGGAACGGUCAAGAUGGACGCCCCUGACGCGGAUGCUGCUCUCGGGCGAGAUGACGCAGGAGAAGCAGCAAGAGCUGUCGGCGAGGGAAAAGUUUGACCGCUGGAUGAUCAACGAGGGCUACCGAAGAGUGUUCGUCUUCGUCUUCAUGCUCACGCACGCGCUCAUCUUCUCGUUUGCGUGCGUGCACUACGCCAUGAAGGACAGCUUACAAUCGGCGCGCGACAUCUUCGGCUUCACGUACGUCAUCGCGCGAGCGUCGGCGGUGGUGCUGCACGUGGACGUGGGCAUCAUCCUGUUCCCCGUGUGCCGGACGCUCAUCUCGCUGCUGCGGCAGACGCCGCUCAACGGCAUCAUCCAGUUCGACAAGAACAUCACGUUCCACAUCACGACGGCGUGGUCCAUCGUCUUCUGGUCGUGGGUGCACACCAUCGCCCACUGGAACAACUUUGCGCAGGUGGCGGCCAAGAACAAGCUGGGCUUCUACGGCUGGCUGCUUGCCAACUUUGCCAGCGGGCCGGGCUGGACGGGCUACAUCAUGCUCAUCGCGCUCAUGGGCAUGGUGGUGACGUCGGUCGAGAAGCCGCGCCGCGCAAACUACGAGCGCUUCUGGUACACGCACCACAUGUUCAUCCUCUUCUUCUUCUUCUGGGCCAUCCACGGCGCCUUCUGCAUGAUCCAGCCCGACGUGGCGCCCUUUUGCUCCAGCAUCGGCGCCUCGGCCAUCGGCGUCUUCUGGCAGUACUGGAUGUACGGCGGCUUCGCGUACCUGGCCGAGCGCGUGGCCCGCGAGCUGCGCGGCCGCCACAAGACGUACAUCUCCAAGGUCAUCCAGCACCCGAGCCAGGUGUGCGAGAUCCAGAUCAAGAAGGAGCACACCAAGACGCGCGCGGGCCAGUACAUCUUCUUCUGCUGCCCGGCCGUCUCGCUGUGGCAGUACCACCCGUUUACGCUGACGAGCGCGCCCGAGGAGGACUACAUCUCGAUCCACAUGCGGUGCCAAGGCGACUUCACCAUGGCGGUGUCGCAGGCGCUGGGCUGCGAAUGGGGCAAGAGGGGGGGAGGAGGAGGCGGCGGCAAAGGCGGCGGCGGCGAUGCGAGCAAGGUGGUGGGCGUGGACUCGGCCGGCGGCGGCGCCAACGGGGUCGACCCGGCGCUCCGGCGCGUGCUGCCGCGCGUCUACAUCGACGGGCCGUUCGGGUCGGCGUCCGAGGACGUCUUCAAGUACGAGGUGUCGAUCCUGGUGGGCGCGGGCAUCGGCGUGACGCCGUUCGCGUCGAUCCUCAAGAGCAUCUGGUACCGGAUGAACUACCCGCAGACGCGCACGCGGCUGUCCAAGGUGUACUUCUUCUGGAUCUGCCGCGACUUCGGGUCCUUUGAGUGGUUCCGCUCGCUGCUGCUGGCCGUCGAGGCGCAGGACCUGGAGCACCGCAUCGAGAUCCACACGUACCUGACGGCCAAGAUCAAGGCCGACGACGCGACCAACAUCAUGAUCAACGACGCCAACGCCGACAAGGACACCAUCACGGGCCUGCGCAGCCCGACCAACUUUGGCCGGCCCAACUGGGACAUGAUCUUUCGCGGCAUCCGCAAGCUGCACGCCCCCGGCGAGGCGGGCGUCUUCUUCUGCGGGCCCAAGGGCCUGGGCAGCGCGCUGCACGUCUACUGCAACAAGUACACGGAACCAGGGUUCUCGUUUGUCUGGGGAAAGGAAAACUUUUAG